CUCAGCUUGCAUUUCUCGUGAUGGAAUUGGAGAACAAAAUUUAACAGGAAAAUGUUGCUGUCUACAAUAUAUGAAAUUUCAAAGUUACACAUUUCGGGAAAAGCAAUUAAUUUGCCAGCUCAAUCUAAUUUGUUUAUUCUCAAAAGACACAAGAAUCACCUAGAUCAAAAUCCUUAACCUGUUCAUUACAGUGAAAACCAUUAUCAUGAACCUUGCAAUAAAAUUUGAAAUAGAAAUACAAGAGAAGCACAACCUAAUCAAAUCCCUUUGUUUAAAAUGGAAACCCUGCUCAAGGAGAUGAGGAAACUAACAUAAACGUUGUUGUAGUGUAGCUGAAGGUUGAAAAAUUGCUCCUACUUGAGCAGCAGGAGAUCAUCUUAUCUGGGUAGGAGAACAGAGCAACCCAGAUGCAUCCGCUCCAACCACUGCAAGAUCACAAACAGUACAGAGCUGCCCUUCCUGGGCCAGAACAAACCGAGAACUGCAGUACGGGCAUGAAACAUCCUUCUGCCCACGGUAAAUAGGCACAUAUGUUGCACCACAAACCACAAAUGGGUUUCUGAAAUCGUAAUUUAGCUGGGUUGCAUCAUUCAUGUUCUUCUCGGCAGCCUGGAGGACUUGUCUUGCUGUCUUUGCAUGGUUUUCAGUGGUGGGAUUGGUCUCCAAAAGUCGCCUGGCAAAGUUGGCUGCUGUGUUGAGAUUACCAGCCUUAAAGCAAACACUCAUGGCAUUCAGUAAUGCAAGUCUCAAGUGAGGCGUCUGAAGGGUACAGUGGUUGCGAGUUUUUGUAUAUAUCAGGAAAUGAAGAACAGAAAGUUCAACAAACUCAAACAAAAAUACUUUGAAGAUAAUGGUGGCUUAUUUUUAAAGCAAGAACUGGCCAGUUAUGCUGGAUCUGUUCGGACAGCAGCCAGAAUUUUUACUGAAGAAGAACUUAAAAAGGCCACAAACAAUUAUCAUGUAAGCGGAAAAAUUGGUGAAGGAGGCUAUGGAACUGUUUACAAAGGAAUACUGUCAAAUGAACAAGUGGUUGCCAUAAAGAAGUCCAAAGUAAGUGGCCCAAUUACCGAGAGUAGGCAAUUUGUUAACGAGGUGAUUGUUCUUUCUCAAAUCCACCAUAAAAAUGUUGUGAGACUCCUAGGUUGUUGUUUGGAGACCCAAACACCAAUAUUGGUUUACGAGUUCAUCGCCCAUGGCACUCUUUAUGAGCACAUUCAUAGAAAGAACAACAAAGGAACAUCACCCUUAUCAUUGCCAUUACGAUUGAAGAUAGCAUCAGAUACAGCAGAGGCACUAGCUUACUUGCACUACUCCACUUCUACCCCGAUCAUACACCGAGAUGUGAAAGCAACAAAUAUACUUUUAGACGAAAACUACACGGCAAAAGUAUCCGAUUUUGGAGCUUCACGAUUGGUUCCUGAUCAAGAUGAAAACAAACUAUCAACUUUUGUGCAAGGGACAGUCGGAUACUUAGACCCUGAAUAUCUUCAGUCAAACAUACUAACAGAAAAGAGUGACGUCUAUAGUUUCGGAGUUGUCCUAGUGGAGCUACUCACAAGCCAAAGGGCUCUUUGUUUUGAAAAGCCUGAGGCGGAAAGAAACCUAGCAAAAGUCUUUGUUUCCUUGUUGGACUCGGAUCGCUUGGGUCAAAUUCUUGAUGAUGAAAUAGUAGAGGGACACUUUGAGAGAGUCACAAAAGUGGCCGAUCUGGCAAAAAGAUGCUUAAGGCUAAGAGGGGAAGAAAGGCCCUCCAUGAAAAAAGUAGCUGCAGAGCUCGAUGGAUUAGUGCCAACUAUGGAACUGUAUCCAAGUGGAGGAAAGCCUAAUUUCCCUCGAACUCACAAAGAUACCGACUACUUGCUUGGGUCACCUGUUUCAAGCUCUUCACUUGUGGAUAUCAGAGGUGAAGGUGAUGCCGGUAGUUAUAGUAGUAUUUUAAUCGGUGCAGAUUAUGAGAGGAGCAUGCAAAAUCAAAUCCAGAUGGUAACGCCUUACGGAGAUGGGCGAUAAUCAGUUGAUUUGUUGUUCCUGGUAAUGUUCCUCAUAAAAUAGAACUUGUUGUUCCUGGUGUAUUGUGGGCGGUAGAACUUUGUUUGUGUGCCUGCAGAAAUAAAAGAACAAAAGGUUCCUCGUUUGU